AUGUGCUUGAUCGAGGGCCUCCCUGAUGACCUCGCCCUCCAAUGCCUGGCCCGUGUGCCCUUCUCUCUCUACCCAUCCCUGUCCCUUGUUUCCCCCUCCUGGCGUGAUGCCAUUAGAAGCCCAGACCUCGUCAAGGCCCGAAUCAGUGCCAACUCCACCCAGGACCUCCUCUGUGUCAGUGCUUCGGAGCCCGGGAACAACUGGCAGCUCUACGACCCGGCCCGAAACAUUUGGAUGACCCUUCCCCCUCCCCCACCGGCCAUUGUGCAACUCGAAUCUUUUGGUACGGCAUGCGUCGAUGGGAGGCUCUUUGUUCUGGGGGGAAUCCAUAGAGCCAUGGCACUGGGAACUUGGCAUAGCGUCACCAACCUAGUCACGGACGAGGUAUGGUCCUAUGACCCGGCGGCGCGCCGAUGGGACCAGUGCGCCUCCAUGCUGUCCCCUCGUUGCAUGUUUGCAUGUUGUGGUUGGGAGGGGAAGAUACUGGUUGCCGGGGGCUACACGACCGAGCGGGAGAUGAUCACGAACGUGGAGGUCUACGACCCCGAGCACGAUGCAUGGGUGCCGAUGCCGAGCAUAGAACCAGUACUUUGUCAAGGUCACAAAGGACUGGUUCUUGGCGGCAAGGUGCAUGUUCUGCACAUGGAGUUGCCUACUGCACAGGUGUGGGAGGGCGAGGAGCGUGGUUGGGAAAUUGUGGACCAUCAUUGGUCGCCAUUGCAUUCCGUGGUUGUGGGGGACGAAUUGUACACUGUGAGCUGCAGGCAAGUGGAGGCAUGGGGGGAGCGGGGAAGGGGGCCGCCACGGCGAGUGGGACCGGGGCAUCGGAUGUUCCAUCAGAGGUUUGGAGGCGGGUUGGCCUCUCUAGGGGGGAAGGUGUACGUGUUCGGGGGCACAUUGCAAUAUAAACGUCGGCAAUUGUAUGAUAUGCAUUGCUUAGAUGAGGUGGAGGCCGGGAAGCCGAAAUGGUGCUGCCGUGCCGGCAUGACGCGCGGCAAGGGCAAUGUGUUGGGAUUUGCAGUGCUCAGGAUCUAA